GAAAGGUUUGAUGUGACAAAAAGUUGGAAGUUUAGAAAAAAACUUUAGAACUAAACAGGGCCUAGAAAAUAUAAGCAUGUACAUGUUUCAUCAUAUAAAACGCCCAUUAAUUGUCUAGGCUAGCUUGAAGGCCAACAUUUGAACUUACGUUCAAUAGCUUUGAUAUAACUAGGUGCAAAGCCAAACAACCAAAAGCCAUGGCGCUGUCCUUCGCCGUGCGCCGCCGCGCGACGGAGCUCGUCGCCCCCGCCGCGCCGACGCCCCGCGAGACGAAGCGCCUCUCCGACGUAGACGAUCCGGAGUCGCUGCGGUGGCAGGUCCCCGUCGUCUUCGUCUACCGCCCAUCAGCCGCGGCCGCUGAUCCCGUGGACACCAUCCGCCGGGCGCUCGCCGCCGCGCUGGUGCCGUACUACCCGUUCGCCGGGCGGCUCAGGGAGGUUGAAGGCCGGAAGCUCGUCGUCGACUGCACCGGCGAGGGCGUGAUGUUCGUCGAGGCGGACGCCGACGUCCGCGUCGUCGAGCUCGAGGCCGCCGGGCUCAGGGCGCCGUUCCCGUGCAUGGAUCAGCUGCUCUUCGACGUGGACGGCUCCGCCGCGGUGCUCGGCACGCCAUUACUGCUGAUCCAGGUGACCCGUCUCCUCUGCGGAGGAUUCGUCCUCGGGAUACGCCUCAACCACGCCAUGUGCGACGCCUCGGGUAUCGUGCAGUUCAUGGACGCCGUCGCCGAUCUCGCCCGCGGUGCCCGUGAACCGGCCGUCUCGCCGGCGUGGUCACGCGAGCUUCUGGACGCGCGCAAGCCUCCCAAGCUGGCGUUCCAUCUCCGCGAGUACAACGACUUCGCCGCCGCGCCCCCGGCGGCGCCGUCCGUGGGCGCCCUCGGCGACAUGGUCAUGCGCACCUUCUCUUUCAGCCCCGGCGACGUCGCCGCGCUCAAGGGUGCUCUCCCGCCGCACCUCCGCGGCCGCGCGACGAGCUUCGACGUGCUCGCGUCGUUCGUCUGGCGCGCCCGCGCCAGGGCGCUCGAGACCCCCGCCGGCGAGGACGCGCGGCUGGCGAUCAUCGUCAGCUUCAGGAACAACGGCGAGCUCCGCCUGCCCCGCGGCUACUACGGCAACGUGUGCGUGCCGGUGACGGUGGCGAUGCCCGCCGAGGCGCUGCGGCGGCGCGGCUCGCUCGCCGACGUGGUCGAGCAGGUGCGCGAGGCGAAGAAGACGGUGAACGCCGAGUACGUCCGGUCCGUGGCCGACACGCUGGUGAUGCGUGGGCGGCCGGCCAUCGACACGGCGAACCUGCUCCUCCUCUCCGACGUCCGGCUCGCCGGCUUCCACCGCGUGGACUUCGGGUGGGGCGAGCCGGUGUACGGCGGGCCCUCGCACGCUUGGUAUGGAGUGAGCUACUUGAUCGCCGUCAAGAACGGCGCCGGGGAAGAUGGUGUGGCCGUGCCGGUCGUGCUGCCGGCGGCGGCCAUGGAGCGGUUCACGUCGGAGAUUGAAAGGCUGCGCAAGGGUCAGCAGCGUGGACACUUUCGGGUUCAAACAACUAGCCGCAUUUAGUUUUUGACCAAAAUAUCCUUGCAUAUGUCGCAGUUUGCAUUUUUCUAAUAGCUACUUCUACCAUAUUAUAUUAUAUUUGUUGUCAUAUUUUUCUAAAAUAUACCUCGUUCACAUGGCAAAUGUCGCAAUAGAAGUUGCAUCUGUCGGGUUUUAAAAACUA